ACUAAAGAGUUCCAACAAAGCUGAUUGGUUGUCAGUUCUAACAAUAUGGAGUCUCUGGCCACUGUUCACGUUCUUGGGUAUGGAAAAGUUGCACCACUGCUGGACGUAACUGUGCAAUGUGUGGUGAAAAAUCUCUCAUCCAUGUGCAUUGAAAGUAUCACCUUGUUACCAGGCAACUUAAAGGACAAAUGUCUCUACCUCAUGUCAAAGAGGGGCUGUAUCACAGACGCAAAUCUUCCAAAAGUGAUACAUGAGAAUCUAAAGGUUCUGGAUCUGAGCGAGUCAGAUGUAUCAGACGAAGGACUAAAUCACCUGUGUAAAUGUCCCCAGCUCCUAAAAAUAGAUCUCAACUCGACAAAACAAUCGCGAACCAACAUCUCAUCUCAAGGAAUUAUCCAGCUAGCACAGAAUUGUCAUAACCUACAGACCGUCUACCUGCGGAGAUGUCUGAAUCUGACAGACGAGGCUGUGAUCGCGCUGUCCACAAACUGUCCACAGCUCCGUUACCUGAAUGUGGGCGGGUGUUCACUGUUGACUGACAGGUGUCUGGAGGCGUUAGGGGGAAACUCACAAUUUCUCAGGUGUCUCAAUGUGUCAAACACCAAGAUAACAGAUGCAGGGAUCAUGAAUAUCGCAACAGGUGCCUGUAACCAGUGUCUAAAGGAAGUCCACAUAAAUGGUUGUAAGGCAUUAACAGAUGAGUCUGUGGAAGCCAUUCUUCAGUUCUGUCCACAAAUCAAUAUAUUCCUCUUCCAUGGAUGUCCAAAAAUUACAGAGAUGGCAAGGGAAGCUCUAGAGAAUGUCACAUUAGAACGCGCCUCACCCAUGAAGCAGGUCACCUGGACUAUCUAUUGAUUAUAUAAAUACCAAAGCCACAUCUUUAUCACAUAGACAUUGACCUGUGAUGACCUUCAAUGACCUUUGAUGACCUGAAGCCUCUACUAAGGAGGCAACUCCACCAGAUCAGGGGCUGUGUCAUUUAGAUGUUAAAAAUGCUCUAUGCAUACUAUGCAAGCACAAAAGUUGGAGCAAACAUUUUGCCAUUAUUUUUAUUUAGAAUAAGUAUUUCUACUCAAUUUUUUCAUUUUUGUAUUUUAUAUUGAAGAAAUGUAAAUGAUCACAUACCUUUUCAGGUAAAUUUCACAGAUUAAAAAUCUGGAGUGACUGUAUAAUUCUAAUACUUUGUUAAAGAAUGUUGCUACUAAUGAGAAUA